GGGCGGCUCAUGUAGCUAGGAAAUGGUCAGGGCAACUCACCGGUGAUAGCUUGACUUUAAGCGUCACAUUUCAUUUCAAGUUUUCUAUCUUAGUUUUAUUGGUAAUAACUAGUGAAUAUGGGUGAUGAUGAGGAGAAAUUCGAUGGGAUGUUGCUCGCAAUGGCACAGCAGCAUGAAGGUGGAGUGCAGGAGUUGGUGAACACAUUCUUCAGUUUUCUCCGCAGAAAAACAGAUUUCUUCACAGGAGGAGAGCCAGGAGCUCCAGAAAAGCUGGUUAAAGAAGCAUUUGCUCAUCACAAUCAGCUCGCCUUCAAAGUCCACAAGGAGAAACAGUUCAGACAGGACAAGGAGAAGAAAGAGAAGGCUGAGAGAGCUGCCAAACUAAAGAAAGAAGAGAAUAAAAGGAAACAGGAAGCAGAGGAGCCCAGAAUCAAAGAACUCACAGAUGAAGAGGCUGAGAGACUGCAAUCACAGUUAAAUCAAACAAAACAAGAGGAAAAGAAAGAUUCUGAAGUAGCUGAGAAAAAAGAUGUAGAAGCUUCUGAGAAAGCAGAUAAAAAGGGGUCUGACUCUGAGGGAGAGGAGGAUGAAAAGGACAAAGACAAAAUUAAGCCCAAUACUGGAAACGGCGCAGACCUGGAAAACUACAGGUGGACUCAGACCCUGUCUGAAAUAGAUCUCAUUGUGCCUAUCGAUGUGAACUUCCGUCUGAAGGGGAAGGAUGUGGUGGUGGAUGUACAGCGGCGUUCACUGAAGGUCGGAUUGAAGGGUCACCCACCCGUCAUCGACGGACAGCUGUUCAAUGAAGUGAAGGUGGAAGAGAGCUCGUGGCUCAUAGAGGAUGGGAAAUUGAUCACGAUACAUUUAGAGAAGAUAAACAAAAUGGAGUGGUGGAACAGGUUAGUGACCACAGACCCUGAAAUCAACACCAAGAAAAUCUGCCCAGAGAACUCAAAGCUGUCAGAUUUGGAUGGAGAGACACGCAGUAUGGUGGAGAAGAUGAUGUAUGAUCAGAGGCAGAAGUCCAUGGGUCUACCCACCUCUGAAGAGCAGAAGAAACAGGAUAUCCUGAAGAAGUUCAUGGCUCAGCAUCCUGAGAUGGAUUUCUCUAAAGCCAAGUUCAGCUGAGAGCUGUAUAAUCACUUAUACUGUAAACAUCACUGUACAUGAGAUCCAGAACUCCUCUUACUCUCCUGUAUUUCUUGUCUCUUCCAUCCUGCUCAUUUGAUCAGUUUGUUUUUGGUCAGAUGACUUUAGCACCUACAAUUUCACUGUUGUGAUGUUGAAAGUGUUACAAUGCUUCGUACACCGUGUCUUGCUUUUUUGUUGUUUUUGUCUUUUUUUUUUAAUAAAAAAAUCAGCAUUGAGCUUUUAA